AUGAGCACGAAGACUGACAUUACGCUUUACACCGCGGGAACCCCAAAUGGGAUCAAGGUUCCGAUCCUGCUUGCGGAGCUUGGGCUUGAGUACAAGUUGCACCAUAUGAAGUUGAGAGAGAAUGAGCAGAAAGAGGCAUGGUACCUGGACAACAUCAACCCUAAUGGCCGGAUCCCGGCAAUCACGGAUACAUACGACGAUGGGAAGCAGAUCCGUGUCUUUGAAAGCGGAGCCGUCAUGCAGUACCUUGUUGACCGCUACGACAAGGAUCACAAGGUCUCGUAUCCAAAAGACUCCCGUGAACACUGGGAGACAACAAGUUGGCUCAUGUGGCAGAUGGGUGGCUUAGGCCCUAUGCAAGGACAGCUGGAGCAUUUUAGGAGAUACGCAGCGGAGAAGAUUGAGUACCCCAUUAACCGCUACGACAAUGAGACCCGUCGCCUCUAUCGCACCAUGGAUACCCACCUGGCUAAGUCUCCUCACGGGUUCCUCGUCGGUGACCGCCUCACCAUUGCCGAUAUAGCCUGCUGGGGCUGGGUUUCCUCUCACAACAAGGACGGCGUCCCUCUCGAUGAGUUCCCUCACCUGGAAAAGUGGUUGUUUAAGCUCUUGAAACGCCCUGGCUUCGAGAAAGGCCGUAACGUGCCGGAGCGCCACACGGCGUUUGACGAGAUAACGGCCUGGGAGGAAAAGCAUGAGAUGUAA